AUGAUUCUAAAAACAGAACAAAUUCAUAAACUAAACCAUACCGAUAUACUUGAUUACGCGAAAGCAAUGAGUAUGAGUGAAAUCAAAAGGCUUCUAACUGAAAGAAAGAAACCAAUGAUCGGCUAUAAAGGUUAUCUUUACACAGUCGAAAAAACCAAAGACGACAAAGUUCUUAUUCGAUGUAAAAACCGUGAUUGUAAAGAUGCUGCUGGUCGAUUACCACAAACCGAGUCGCUUCUUCGAACAAUCCGUCGACAACGCCAAGCCGAACCAACGACACCCGGCAACCGUUUACCUGAUCAACUCAAACAAACAGACCGCGGCGAAAACUUCGUUCUUCACGAGGACAAAGAUUUGAUCAUCUUUACCACCAAUUCGAAUUUGUCAGUUUUGAAAACGUGUAAACAUUGGUUUGCGGACGGAACGUUCUCGGUUUCCCCGGAGGACUUUUAUCAAAUGUUUACACUACAUGGACUAUUCAAAUCGCAAGUUAUCCGACUGGUGUACGGACUGCUUAUAGGAAAGAAAACUUCUGACUAUGACCAAUUCUUCCAACGCAUCAUGGAAGAAGACGAUUUCAAUCCAGAUUCAAUACUGACGGACUUCGAGUCCGCUACGAUAAAAUCGGUCAAAUCACUGUUUCCAAAUGUCCUACACAAAGGUUGUUUGUUCCAUUUCGGUCAGUACAUUUGGCGAAAUAUUCAAAGUCACGGUUUACAAAAUAAAUAUCAGGCCGAUAAGUCGUUCUAUUUAAAUGUUAAAAAACUUAUCGCUUUAGCUUUUGUUCCUAUUUUAGAUGUGGUCAAAGCCUUCAAAUUGAUAGUCGACGACUUCGACGACGAUGCAGAUCAAUUUCUCAAUUAUUUCGAGAAAACCUGGAUUGGUGAACGAAAAAGAAGAGGUGCUGGUCGUAAAAACCCACAAUUUCCAAUUGAAUUAUGGAACAUUCACGAUCGAAUAACUUCCAAUCUUCCUCGAUCCAACAAUUCUAUCGAAGGCUGGCACAAUGCAUUCGCGAAACGUGUUUCAACUGCUCAUCCAACGAUCACGAAGUUAGCCGACAAAAUCCGCCACGAACCGAAACCAAAAAAAGCAGUUUAUCGAAAACUCGACGAGAGAAUUACGCGAUUAGUUGGUGAUUACAACAGCAUCGAUCUAGGUGGACAUUCGAAAGACUUAGCUGCAAAUAUGUUGUUGUAG